AUGGCAAGUGUGGUUUGCCAGAAGCCUGCCGUUGAUUAUUUCACAUUGUCGCGGCAGCAAACUGAACAGAGUACUUCCCCAUUCAACUGGGAUAGUGAGCCUGCACUCGUCCAUAACUCAGACUCCUGUGACUCUAUUCUCCCAUCACCAACUUCAUCCAACCCAAUCUUCUCCAGACCUUCUUACAUUCUCCCAAAAGAAGAACCAUUUCAAAGCUCCAACCGCAAAUCAUCUACAGGUCAAGCAUUUGACUUUGGUACCUUUGAAGAUUGGAUGCGCUGGGACGAUCCAAGUGACGCAACUCUAUCACCCACCUCGGAUCUCUUCCCAGAACUCAAGAGUGAGCCCCUCUCGCCUAAUAUGAGCGGUCUCGAACUCUCUCGAAAUCUUUCCACUAUCGACGAAGCAGCAGUAUUUGGAGACGACAACAUGGGCGAAGCUGGAGAACAACUAUUUCAACCCACACCCAAUAAUCUAAUGAGCUCACCCAUCAUCGACAUCCCAUCCCGAGAAGGCUUAUACUCCACCCCUCUUUCCUGGGCACGACCUCAAAUGAACUCGAAUAUCAACUCUAACAUUCGCCGCGCACAACCCAUUCCUCAGCCUCAACCACAACCCAUAAUUUACCACCGCACUCUUACUCCCCAAGAAGAGAUCCAACUUCGCGCUAUAGCCAUGCCCCAGCAAGCUCAAAACUCCGCUGCAUACCCCACCUCUCCAACUUCAUCCAGAAGCUCACCAGCACAUUCUCCCAUCUCCAGACCCGCACGCCAGUCAAUGUCAAAUCCAAACCACCACUCAAACAACCUGAAACGUAAAUCAUCAGCUUGUUCAUCAGACUCGAAUACUGACGGUGAAGAUGAGAUGCCCGUCCGCCAUCCACCAAUUAAGAAGACCGCUCAUAACAUGAUCGAAAAACGAUACCGAACAAAUUUGAAUGACAAGAUUGCUUUACUGAGAGAUAGCGUACCCAGUUUGAGAGUAAUGUCAAGAAAAUGUUCGAGGGGACAAGAAGAUGGGGAUGACCAUAUUGGAGAUGACGAGGAGGAAGAUUUGCAAGGUUUAACACCAGCACACAAAUUAAAUAAGGCAACUGUAUUAUCCAAAGCAACAGAAUACAUCAACCACCUCGAAAAACGCAACAAAUAUCUCCAAAGAGAAAACGAAAGUCUCAAAUCCCGCGUCGAAGCUUUCGAAAUGUUAAUGAUGUCCAACCAAACACAAAACGGCGUACCACAACAAACAAACGGCAUGCAAAGAGGAAGAUAUGGAUCGUGA